GGUGCUGAAUGUCACGCAACAUCGCGUAGUACGUGCAUGAUUUUGAUUUCGGUUUGAUCUAAUCUGUUUAUGAAUAAUGAUACUUUGACAAUUAAUUGACAUUAAUCAUUAAAUAAUAAAGAGCAAUAUGUAUUUUUUACUCCUUUUACAAAAAUCUUAAAUGGACCGAUCAAUUAAAUACUAUUUUUGUAGUAAAGGUUAAUUAGAAUCUUUAGUGGAAUAUUUUGUACAUUUAAUAUAAUACCAUAUAAAUAUGACAAUGGCAGAAUCAGGAAAUAUUAACACAUUGGAAUGGACGCGUCCUGAUCAAGUGAUGCAAUUACAUCGUAUGAAGUUAAAGAAACGCGCACUUCAAGCACGUCUCAAUAAAACAAAAAUCAAUACUGCAGGAGUUCAACGUAUUGCUACAAAUUUAAAUGAACUUAAUUCCAGUAGUAAUAUACCUCAGCAUGUACCUCAGAAACGUAAAAAUCCUUUUGUAAUUAAUGAAUUGUGUAAGAAACAGAAGGAUAUAUCUGGAUUGGAGAUCAGUAACGACAACACAUUAUUUGAGUUACUAAAUAUUAACGUCCAGCAAGAGAAGCAAACAUUAGAUUCAUCUGCAAACAAUUCUUUAACUUUUGCCAAUGUCCUUUCAAAAUUGGAAUCAACUAGUCAAACUCCUGAUGAAAGCAUCUCAAAGGGAGCAAAGCAUAUACCUUUAGAUUGGACCUUAAAAACUAAAGUAAGAUUUAUGUCUCCAAAACCUUUUCCUUGGAAUGGCAAACUUAAGACGAGCGAAGAGGCAUCAGGAACCACAGGAUUUGUUAGAUGUCUAGACAUUGGAGGAAAAGAGACAACUUUGGACACUAGUCUAAAUGCAAGAUUUUAUCAAUGCUGCUUAAUAUGGCAGCAUCCAUCUUUACCAUGGUUAGAGUUAUUUCCUCGUUCUGCGGGUAAAGUGAGCGCCAACCUUGCAACUAAUAUGUCAAUGGCAAACAAUCAAUGUAUGAAAGAUGCGUUAUACAGAGAAUGGUGCGACAGUUUCAGAUCAUUGUUUCAUUUAUUGCGAGCAAGGCAAUGCCCAUACUUUUAUGUGUGCGCCAACACAUUUACAGUAUUAUUUCGUGCUGCGGGUAUCUGUGGAUUGUCCGAAAUUCAUGCACUUCUCACACCCACUACACGUGGAUUUCGUCAAUCGUUAAAGCAAGAAGAAAUAGAAUACUCUAUGCCAUUGAGGAAAGAUUCUAGAAGACGAUCCGACGGAGGAGAUUCUGAUUCUAUGACUACAGAUGUUACAUCUAAUACAACAAAUGGACAAAAUAAUUAUGAAGAGGAGGAUGAAGAGGAAGAAGAAGAAACUCAAGAUGCAUGGCUCAAAAGUCUUGGAGUAGAAAAUUCAGAAAUAAAAAAGAUUAAUAACUCGCAGACAAGGAUGACUUUGGAGAAGGAAAGUGAAAUAGACAAUUUGAAACAAUCGCUCGUUUUUGUAAAAGGCGUAGAAACACAAGCGUUAUUCAAUUUUUUAAUUAAUUGCAAAUCUGCUAUCGCGGCAACCGGAGCAUUAGCCGGCGUUCCUCCUACGCUUUUAGCUCCGAUAGCUUUUCAUGGCGCCACGUUAAAAGCGCUUAAGGUCCGAGAAAGUGUAGUACGCGUUGAUAACGACCAAUAUUAUUCUCUGGAACUGAAAGGACCUCUUUUACCGCACGUGUUACCUUCUCUCUGUCAUUUGAUGACUUCUAGUCAAUUAGAACAGUAUUCGGCAAGCUGCGCACAACUGACGUCAACAACUCCCUUUUCUACAGCAAAACAUGGUACAGGAUAUAAUGUCACGAAAGAAGAGGAUCGUAAUAAUGUUACGAAAGUACCGCCUAAUAUCUUCGGGCAAGAAAAUCUGAGCGAUUGUGGAUUUAACGAGGAGUUGUUGAGUCACUUUUGUAAUCCUGAUCCAGCCAGAAUAGAGGUCUUUGAAAGUUUUAAAUUCUUCAAUGGAUUAUAUACCUGGUCGUAAUGAACAUUUAAUUUAGAAAUAAACACGCAUUUAAGUAUACACAGGUUUGUAUUUGUCAAAUUUUUAAUUAAGAACAAGUUGCCUGGCGAUAACGUCACUAAUGAAAUAUAAUUGAUGGAGGAUGUUUGUUGUUAUAUUUGUGAUUGUAUAUAACGUACAUGUGUAUGCAAAGAAAUGAAAUUUGUAAUUAUUUUUACGGACGUAUAUAUGAUAUUCCAUGCAAAAUUUGUGUAUAUAAGACGAUGACAUUAUCGACAUUAGAUAAAAACGUUAGAGAAUAUUAUCGAUAUUGGGUAAAAACAUUAGGUGAUAUUAUCGAUAUUAAAUAGGGACGUUUUCGUCAUAAACGACACAACAGUACGGUUAAUGUAAAGCAGGAAUUCUGACAAUAAUUUUCUAUUGCACCAAAAUUGACGUCAUA